GGCAGGCAGGCAGGCGGGGCAAAGGUAGUGCUAGUAGUACUAGUGCUUCGCGAGAGACCGAUCGGCUCCGGUCGGUCAGAUAUAAGCAAAGGCAGCGGCGGUGGCGGCGGCCAGCCGAGCCGUGCGCCGGCGGGUAGGCGGCGGCGCCACCACCAGCAGCAGCAGCAGAUCGGGACGCGCGUCAUGGCCUGGUGGCGCGCGAGGGUGGUCGCGUCCGUGCGCCGCGCCUGGCUCGCCGUCGCCGUCGCCGCCGCGCGCGCGCGCGUCCGCAAGGGCGAGUGUGGUGGCGUCCUGAGCCUCCACCGGGACGUGCAGACCUGCGGGUACCAGGACGUGCAGGUGAUGUGGAACAUGCUGAGCUCGGAGAAGGAGGCCGCGGCCGGCGCGCUGCCGAAGCCGCCGCGGCGGAAGCGACCGUCGUCGGUCUGGAGGCUGCCGCUCUGGCCCGUCCGGUCGCCCCGCGCCGCCCCGGGGUGAGGCGGCGGCAGCAGCAGCAUCGCCGACGGAAUGGUACUCCUGGUUGGUUUCCCAUGGGCGAGUAGGAGGACAUCGUCCUGACCAUGGCACGUCGUCGUCCACCUCCCAGGCGAGGCCUACCAAGAUCGUGAGUGUGAGACUCCCAUCCCAGGCCUGAAUGGAUCGCGUGUAGGUAGUAUAAGGGCUUGCCGCUUUCCUGCCUACUGUACAGUUUGGUUUGGGUAUGUACAGCGCGCUACUCCUGUAUCCUAUAUAUGGCUUGUGCCAUCUGGUGCUUCAUUCUCAUAUGAAGUUCUGAGCUUAGGUUGCC